AUGCUGCAAAUUCCAAACGAAAAUUUAUCCGAGCCGCCGGCAAAACGGGGGCGCGGCCGCCCUUCUGGUUCAAAGAGCACGCGAAAGCCCGCAUCUUUUCUCCGUCCUCAUGUGCUUGAGAUCUCUGAUGGAGGAGACAUCGCCGAAGCCACGGCGAUCUUAGCUCGCUGCCUGGGCGGCUACGUGUCUAUUCUCACGGCGAAUGGCCCUGUAUCUUUCGCCGUGUUAAAACAUCCAUCCUGCUCCUCCACCGCCGACCUCACCGACCUCACGCUUCGUGGCUGCUACGAAAUUCUUUCCAUUUCGGCUGCUUUCGUCGGCGGCGACAGCAGCGGCGGAAUUUCGGUGACUAUGGCGGGGAUGAAUGGGGAAGUUGUGGGGGGAAAUUUGACGGGACCGUUAGUGGCGGCGGGGAAAGUGGUUGUGGUGGUUGCGGAAUUAUGGAAUCCGAUGCUUGGCUUGUUUGUGGCGGAGGGAUUGGAUUCAGGGCAAGAGUGGUGGGAGAUGGGAAUCGAAGCAGAGCAGAACGAAGAAGAUAAUUUUGGAGCGCCGGCGAUUGAGGAGAAAAACGGGAAUUUUGUCCCCAGUGACGACGACGGCGAUGAAUGGGACAGUGACGAGUGGUACAGAAACUUGUUUGGGUAA